AUGUCCGCCAUCAAUAUUGCAUUUAAACGAUUUUGGAAUAGCCAAACAGGUCCAAAAACAGUACAUUUUUGGGCUCCAACUUUGAAAUGGGGUUUAGUUAUAGCAGGUAUAUCAGAUAUGCAACGGCCAGUUAAUAAACUUUCAGCUACUCAAUCGUUGUCUUUAUUAGCCACAGGUCUAGUUUGGGCCCGUUGGUCAUUUGUUAUUACACCAAAAAAUUAUUUAUUAGCAUCCGUUAAUAUUUUCUUAGCAGGUACUGCAGGUUAUCAAGUUUCUAGAAUUAUAAAUUAUAGAUUAGAUAAUGGUGAUUCAAUGAAACAAGUAUUCAAAUAUAUGCUAACGUCACAAGAAACUGCAAAGAAUAAUAAAUCUAUUACAACAACAACACCAGUAUCAUCAACUAAUGAAAAUUUGCAAACUCAUUAA